UCCAUGCGAAUGGAUCCACCUGCGAGCACCGGAGGAGUGAUGCUCAUUUCAUAUGUGUGAAGAUCAAACCUGUCACUGUCACUUCGGGCCGGUAAGCAGAGGUGAGGUGAGCGCAGCCGCUGCGCUUUCCUCAUACCGAUCAAGAUUUUUCAAGUGUGUGAGCCACUUCUUACAGGACUAUGAAGACCACUCGAAAAUGCCGUGCUCUGCUGUCUGUGGGGUUAAAUCUUCUGGCACUCUUAUUCUCAACGACGGCGUUCAUCACGACCUACUGGUGCGAAGGGACUCAGAGGGUCCCCAAACCCAACUGCAGUAAGGAAAGACGGCAUAAUUGUAUUGACUAUGGGGUGAACGAGACAGACCCGAGUAAAGUUCACUAUAGCUGGGAAACUGGUGACGACCGAUUUCUCUUUAGGCAUUUUCACACGGGGAUCUGGUACUCUUGUGAGGAGAAUAUCCACGGAGGAGGUGAGAAAUGCAGGAGUUUUAUUGAUCUGGCCCCAGCAUCUGAGAGAGGUGUCCUUUGGCUGUCAGUUGUGUCUGAGGUGCUAUACAUCAUGCUGCUGGUCGUUGGCUUCAGUCUGAUGUGUCUGGAACUUUUUCACUCCAGUAACGUGAUCGAUGGACUCAAACUGAACGCCUUCGCCGCAGUCUUCACUGUGCUGUCAGGUCUUCUGGGAAUGGUGGCUCAUAUGAUGUACACACAAGUUUUCCAGAUCACAGUCAGUUUGGGACCAGAGGACUGGAGGCCUCACACAUGGGACUACGGCUGGUCUUUCUGGUAA